AUGUCUGGUGAAGAAGAUGAGAUAAUUUUGGGCAUUGACCUUGGAACUACAUUUUCUAGUAUAGCGUAUUAUGAUAAGAACAGGCAGAUGGUUCAUUUAAUAGAAAUUGAUGGCAAUAAAUCAAUUCCUUCAGUUGUUUAUUACGGUGAUCCAAAACUUGUUGGUAAUCAGGCGUAUGAAAGAGCGAAGAUUGAACCUAAUCUCGUCAUAUAUGAUUCAAAGAGACUUAUCGGAUGCAAAUAUCAAGAUGUCCAAGAAAUCUGCAAAACAAUGCCAUUUGAAAUACAACCAAACGCUGAUGAUGAUCCAGAAAUCAUUGUAAACUACAAGGGAAAUCAAAAAGUACUUAAACCAGUUGAAGUUUCCUCUCAAAUUUUAGCUUAUCUCAAAUCUCAAGCUGAGAGGAGACUUAGAACUAAAAUUAAGAGGGCAGUCAUUACUGUUCCACACGCAUUUAAGAAAAUCCAGACUCAAUUUACAAAAGAUGCUGCAGAAGCUGCUGGAUUAGAAUCAGUUCUGCUUAGUGAGCCAGAAUCAUCAGUUCUCUACUACAAAACGAAGAUAGAUACAGAUGCAAAGCAGAACGUCAUCAUUUACGACUUUGGCGGCGGAACAUUCGAUGCUUCUUUAGCUACAAUCGAAGGAUCCGAAAUAAAGAUCCGGAAUACAGAAGGUGAUCCUCAUCUAGGUGGUCGGAACAUCGAUCAAGCGCUAAUUGAACAUUUUAAAGGAAAAAUUCAAGAAAUCACUGGAAUUGACAUAUUCUCCCAAGAUCACAAGAAGGAAUAUCACAUAGUCAAGGACGAGAUUAUCAAAGCGAAGAAAAUUCUUGGCUAUGGCACUCCAAAUGUCGAGAUACAACUGAUGUUCGGAAAACCAGGUAGUAUUAAUAUCAGAAAUGUCGAAUUUAAUCAAAUUGUCCAGCCAUUCAUCGAUAGGACCAUAAAUAUCAUCCAUAAACUCAUUGAAAACUUCGAAUUAGACAAUUCAAAUACUUCAAUUCUUCUUGUUGGUGGAACUUCAUUGAUCAAACUCAUCCAUGAGAGGCUUUCCCUUGAGUUCGACUACAAAAUACACUGCUACGAGCCUCUCGAAGCUGUUGCAUUUGGAGCUGCAAUAAAAGCUUACAUGUUACAGACCAAAAAGGCCAAAAAGAGCCAUAAGAAAAAUGAUGAAGACCCUGAACCUCCGAAAAAAGACACAAAACCCGAACCAAAAGUAAUUCAAGAAAAUGUUCCUAUUCCAAAGGACAUUAAGCCACAUCCUCCGAUGAGUCUUGCUUCUCCUAUAAGUUCAAACAUUUCUGAAGCAGAAAGUGUUAAAAAACUGACUGUAUAUAAUUGUUUGUCAAAAUCCAUCGGAGUUAAAGUAAAAGGAGACAUGAUUUCGAAGCUCGCGUACAAGAACACGCAAUUACCAAUCACUACAAAGCCAAAGGAGUACGUUAACUCUGAAGAUAACGAAGAAUUGCUUCAAUUGCAGUUUUACGAAGGAGAAGGAAGCACAGCAGCUAGUUGUGAACUUGUAUCCAUAUAUCCAAUCCAAAUUCCUCCAUCCGCUGCAAAAGAAUACAGAUUUUCCGUUGUAUUGAAUAUUUCCGAGGAAUCUCUCAUUACUUGUACAGUAAAGAGGACGAAUUCAAGGAACAAUGAGGUUCUGACGUUCGUUGUGGAUAACAGCCUUGGAAAUUCCCCAGAACAGAUGAUUCGAAUGAAAUCUUCAGUGAAUGAAUUCUCAAAUCAACAGAAUUUAUCGGAAGACUUCAACGAACUCAUGGAUUCUGCAGACAAACUCACAAAAAGAGUCACAAGAGAUGUUCGCGACAGAAAUGACCCUCUUUUCAAAAUGAAGAGCGAAUUAAACGAUUUGAUGGAAGAUCUGGAGAAUGAUGAUGACCGUCCAAUUGACCAGAAAUUUAAUUUAUUGACGAAGAAGUACAAUGAAUUGAAGACAGAAUACGAAAAAAGAAAAUAA